AUGCGUAAGGCCGCGUCCACACGUUUGGACUCAUUUCCGCCCCUGCUUCCCCUCCUUUCCCCCCACGCAUCCCCUCAUUUCCGCCCCUGCUUCCCCUCAUUUCCGCCCCUGCUUCCCCUCAUUUCCGCCCCUGCUUCCCCUCCUUUCCCCCCACGCAUCCCCUCAUUUCCGCCCCUGCUUCCCCUCAUUUCCGCCCCUGCUUCCCCUCCUUUCCCCCCACGCAUCCCCUCAUUUCCGCCCCUGCUUCCCCUCAUUUCCGCCCCUGCUUCCCCUCCUUUCCCCCCACGCAUCCCCUCAUUUCCGUCCCUGCAUCCCCUCAUUUCCGUCCCUGCAUCCCCUCAUUUCCGUCCCUGCAUCCCCUCAUUUCCGCCCCUGCUUCCCCUCCUUUCCCCCCACGCAUCCCCUCAUUUCCGCCCCUGCUUCCCCUCCUUUCCCCCCACGCAUCCCCUCAUUUCCGCCCCUGCUUCCCCUCAUUUCCGUCCCUGCCUCCCCUCCUUUCCCCCCUUGCUUCCCCUCCUUUCCCCCACUUCUUCCCCUCCUUUCCCCCACUGCUUCCCCUCCUUUCCCCCACUGCUUCCCCUCCUUUCCCCCACUGCUUCCCCUCCUUUCCCCCACUGCUUCCCCUCCUUUCCCCCACUGCUUCCCCUCCUUUCCCCCACUGCUUCCCCUCCUUUCCCCCACUGCUUCCCCUCCUUUCCCCCACUGCUUCCCCUCCUUUCCCCCACUGCUUCCCCUCCUUUCCCCCACUGCUUCCCCUCCUUUCCCCCACUGCUUCCCCUCCUUUCCCCCACUGCUUCCCCUCCUUUCCCCCACUGCUUCCCCUCCUUUCCCCCACUGCUUCCCCUCCUUUCCCCCACUGCUUCCCCUCCUUUCCCCUACUGCUUCCCCUCCUUUCCCCCACUGCUUCCCCUCCUUUCCCCCACUGCUUCCCCUCCUUUCCUCCACUUCUCUGCCUCGCCUUUCACCCCCGUGCUUCCCCUCCUUUCCCCCACUGCUUCCCCUCCUUUCCUCCACUUCUCUGCCUCGCCUUUCACCCCCGUGCUUCCCCUCCUUUCCCCCACUGCUUCCCCUCCUUUCCUCCACUUCUCUGCCUCGCCUUUCACCCCCGUGCUUCCCCUCCUUUCCCCCACUGCUUCCCCUCCUUUCCUCCACUUCUCUGCCUCGCCUUUCCCCCCCGUGCUUCCCCUCCUUUCCCCCACUGCUUCCCCUCCUUUCCUCCACUUCUCUGCCUCGCCUUUCCCCCCCGUGCUUCCCCUCCUUUCCCCCACUGCUUCCCCUCCUUUCCUCCACUUCUCUGCCUCGCCUUUCACCCCCGUGCUUCCCCUCCUUUCCCCCACUGAUUCCCCUCCUUUCCUCCACUUCUCUGCCUCGCCUUUCCCCCCCGUGCUUCCCCUCCUUUCCCCCACUGCUUCCCCUCCUUUCCUCCACUUCUCUGCCUCGCCUUUCACCCCCGUGCUUCCCCUCCUUUCCCCCACUGCUUCCCCUCCUUUCCUCCACUUCUCUGCCUCGCCUUUCCCCCCCGUGCUUCCCCUCCUUUCCCCCACUGCUUACCCUCCUUUCCUCCACUUCUCUGCCUCGCCUUUCCCCCCCGUGCUUCCCCUCCUUUCCCCCACUGCUUCCCCUCCUUUCCUCCACUUCUCUGCCUCGCCUUUCCCCCCCGUGCUUCCCCUCCUUUCCCCCACUGCUUCCCCUCCUUUCCUCCACUUCUCUGCCUCGCCUUUCACCCCCGUGCUUCCCCUCCUUUCCCCCACUGCUUCCCCUCCUUUCCUCCACUUCUCUGCCUCGCCUUUCCCCCCCGUGCUUCCCCUGCUUUCCCCCGCUGAUUCCCCUCCUUUCCUCCACUUCUCUGCCUCGCCUUUCCCCCCCGUGCUUCCCCUCCUUUCCCCCACUGCUUCCCCUCCUUUCCUCCACUUCUCUGCCUCGCCUUUCCCCCCCGUGCUUCCCCUCCUUUCCCCCACUGCUUCCCCUCCUUUCCUCCACUUCUCUGCCUCGCCUUUUCCCCCCGUGCUUCCCCUCCUUUCCCCCACUGCUUCCCCUCCUUUCCUCCACUUCUCUGCCUCGCCUUUCCCCCCCGUGCUUCCCCUCCUUUCCCCCACUGCUUCCCCUCCUUUCCUCCACUUCUCUGCCUCGCCUUUCACCCCCGUGCUUCCCCUCCUUUCCCCCACUGCUUCCCCUCCUUUCCUCCACUUCUCUGCCUCGCCUUUCCCCCCCGUGCUUCCCCUGCUUUCCCCCGCUGAUUCCCCUCCUUUCCUCCACUUCUCUGCCUCGCCUUUCCCCCCCGUGCUUCCCCUCCUUUCCCCCACUGCUUCCCCUCCUUUCCUCCACUUCUCUGCCUCGCCUUUCCCCCCGUGCUUCCCCUCCUUUCCCCCACUGCUUCCCCUCCUUUCCUCCACUUCUCUGCCUCGCCUUCCCCCCCCGUGCUUCCCCUCCUUUCCCCCACUGCUUCCCCUCCUUUCCUCCACUUCUCUGCCUCGCCUUCCCCCCCCGUACUUCCCCUGCUUUCCCCCGCUGAUUCCCCUCCUUUCUUCUCCUCAUCCCUCCUCACCCCAUCCUUUCUUCUCCUCAUCCCUCACCCCAUCCUUUCCUCUCCGCAUCCCUUGUCACGCCAUCCUUUCUUCUCCUCAUCCCUCACCCCAUCCUUUCUUCUCCUCAUCCCUCACCCCAUCCUUUCUUCUCCUCAUCCCUCCUCACCCCGUCCUUUCUUCUCCGCAUCCCUUCUCACCCCAUCCUUUCUUCUCCUCAUCCCUCACCCAACUGGUUAUUGAACGUAGUGCUUUGUUUACAUACUGUGUUAUGGUAGGGAACUGGCUACAAAAAGUGUUGAAGUCAGCAACCUGUAAUGAUGUCACAAAGCACUACGUUCAAUAA